UGAGAAAAAAGAUGUCUGGGAAUAUUGAAGAUGAACAGGUCGAGGGUCUAUUUGCAAGAGGCAAAAGUGAGACAAAGGGUUCUGGUAGUAAGGGCAAAUAUAGAUCUCAUAAAAAUGUGGAAUGUUACUACUGUCACGAGAUAGGGCACAUCAUCAAGAACUGUCCCAAACUAAAGGCAAAGAAUGGGAAUGGCAAAGAGAAGGUUCAAGAAGCAGCUUCUGUGGCAACUGCUACAACGAGUGAUUCGAAAAGUGACGAUUAUGUUCUCAUGACAACCUUGUGUUCAGGUGAAAGGUGGUUCGAUUUUAACGGCGGACAGGAAAACUUUCAAAAUUUUGGGAAUUGGAACAGUCAAGAUCAAGACGCACAAUGGGUUGGUAAGAACAUUGUUAGAUGUGCGACAUGUACCGGAUCUGAAAAUAAAUCUUAUUUCAGUAGGUGUGCUAGACUCCAAAGGUUACAAGGUUAUAACAGAAGGUGGAGCAAUGAUGGUCGUGAUGGAUUCUCUUGUGGUGCUACAGGGCACCAAAGUGAAAAAUUUAUAUCUUCUCCAAGGGAAUAUAGUAACAGGUGGAGCUUCUACAGGGUCUUCUAUAGUUAGCAGAAAUCUGCAUUCGGGUUUUGGCAAAAGAAGUGUUCGAAAGAGGAGAACGAUCCUAGUUCUCAAAAGGGUUGUGAGGGGACUACACAACGUGGUGGGAGAAUGAAAUCUGUUUUCAGAUGGCAACCAAAAUUGCAGCAGUCUUUACAGGGAGGCAGACCCAUGAGGACAGGUGUGAUAUUGACUUGCAAUAAUCUAAGUGGCAAUGAGAUAGUCCAUUCGAGUGCCAUUAAGAUGCGUGGGAGGCAAGUAGUUGGUCACAACAGAGAUGCGAGGAAAAGUUAAGGAUGUCCUAUUCUCCACAAGGGUGAGAAGAUGACUUUUCAUUACCAGCCGGUGGUUUGUGGGCGGUUGGAGAAGGUUGCUAAAGGAGAUGUCAAACUUGGAAUUUCUGAGAUUGCUUUUGGAAAGCAUUUAGAGUUUGACACAAAUACUGGAGGUAUGCUUGUGGCUGCGCAAAACAUGCAUGGGUUGAAGAAUGAGAGCCCGAGGGUUAAGUUUGAGGAUGACUCAAACUUAACUAAAAUUCUUAAUUAAUUUGUUUUGUGGAGAAGACAGUUUGUUUUGUAGAGAUACAUUGGCUCAUUUGAAUUUUCGCCAAGGUGGAGAUUUGUUGAAUAUGUGGCUCAAUUUGAGGCUUGCAUCACCCAUGACAUCAUCUUCUUCGCCUCCAAGUAUAUGUGUUCAUCAAGUUUUAUUUUUGGCCUCCAAAAAUGUAUGCCCAGCAAGUCUUUUGAGUGGUCACCAAGUAGCCUCAUUUUGGUGUCCCAUUUUGGCUAUAAAUAGCCUUGCCCUCCAUAGUG